AUGGCGGCUUUAGCGCCUCUUGCUCAGAUCCUUGACGCGAGCCUUGAUCCCAGGCAGAACAAGGAAGCCGAGCUCAAGAUUCAUGCGGAAGAGAAGAAACCUGGAUUUGCCCUGUCCCUCCUCCAGAUCGCCGCCUCGAGCGAAUUCCAGUACAAUACCAGGCUCGCCAGCGCCCUCGCCUUCAAGAACUUCAUUAAACGCAAUUGGACUGAUGUGGAGGGCAACUACAGGCUUCCCCAGCAAGAUGUGACUGCCAUCAAGUCCGAGAUUGUGGGGCUGAUGAUCUCUGUCCCUCGUGGUAUCCAGACACAACUAGGUGAAGCGAUCAGUGUGAUAGCGGACAGUGACUUCUGGGAGCGAUGGGACACGCUGGUGGUUGACCUCAUCACCCGCCUGAAACCAGAUGACCCAGUGGUCAAUAUUGGCGUACUGCAAGUUGCCCAUUCCAUCUUUGCCAGAUGGCGACCGUUGAUUCGAUCUGAUGACCUCUUCACCGAGAUCAAUCAUGUCCUUACCAGAUUUGCUGAACCGUUUCUCUCUUUGUGGCAAAGCCUUGAUGUCUACAUUGACUCUCAUAGCAAUGAUAAGGCUGCCCUUCAGAAUGCUUUUGCCGAGCUCGACCUGAUUCUUCAGCUCUUCUAUGAUCUGUCCUGUCAGGACUUGUCCCCUGUCUUUGAAGACAAUCUGCAGGGUAUCUCGGGCCUUCUCCUGAAGUAUCUGAUGUACACUAACACUCUCCUGCACACCGACGAUGAAUCAGACGCUGGGCCCUUAGAGAAUACCAAAGCCAAUAUCUUCGAAGCCUUGACCUUGUAUAUUGGCAAAUACUAUGACGAUUUUGCCAAACAUGUGAAAGAUUUCGUGGAGAGUUCGUGGAAUCUUUUGAUCACGACGGGGCCAGAACCCAAGAAUGAUAUUCUCGUUAGCAAAGCGCUACACUUUUUGACCUCCGUUGGAGGAAUCAAUGAACAAGCACAAGCAUUCAAUAACCCUCCUAUUCAAAACCAGAUUAUCGAGAAGGUCAUUCUCCCAAACGUGGCAUUACGUGACUCGGAUGUUGAGAUGUUUGAGGAUGAGCCUAUUGAGUUCAUUCGCAGAGAUCUGGAAGGAUCGGAUAGCGAAACUCGUCGAAGAGCAGCUGGAGAUUUCCUGCGACAGUUGAGCGACCAAUUCGAACAGUCGGUGACGGGAAUUGCCAUGACAUAUGUUCAACGAUGCUUGCAAGAUUUCUCCAGCAAUCCUUCGGAGAAUUGGAGAUCCAAAGACACCGCAGUGAGUUUGUUUCAUGCUACAGCAGCCAAAGGAGCGACCACGUCGACCCAUGGAGUGACCAAGACCAACAAUCUGGUUGACAUCGGAGAUUUCUUCUCCAAGAAUCUGGCAAGCGAUCUGCAAGAUGAAAAUGCCCAACCUUUGAUCAAGGUUGAUGCCAUCAAAUAUCUCUAUGUUUUCCGCAGUAUCAUCACCAAAGAUCAAUGGCGACAGGUUAUGCCGCUACUUGUGAAUCAUCUCGGAAACUCCAAUUACUGUGUCUACACAUACGCCGCUAUUGCAGUGGAACGAGUGUUGGCCAUGACCGAUGAAGUCGGUCGACCGGUCAUUGACCCGUCCAAUAUCACACCACUUGCGGGCAGUCUCCUUGAACAUUUGUUUGGCUUGGUGGAGAAAGACCAAGCUCCGGAAAAGGUUCAGGAAAACGAGUUCGUGAUGCGUUGCAUCAUGAGGGUUUUGAUUGUUCUCCGAGAAGCUAUCUCUGCUGUGGCAGAGUCGGUCCUACAACACCUGACUACCAUCACAAACAUCAUAUCAGCCAAUCCGAGCAAUCCAAGAUUCUAUUACUACCAUUUCGAAAGUCUGGGUGCCCUCAUCCGAUUCACUUCAGCAGCACAAUCAGAAGCAUUGGCAACGCACCUUUUCACACCAUUCGCUGCAAUCCUCGCCAACAAUGUUGAAGAAUUCAUCCCGUACGUUUUGCAAUUAAUGGCAGCCUUGUUGGAAGCCGACCCCAGCAAGCCUUUGCCAACACAGUACCAACCACUCAUCGCACCGAUCCUGGGCCCUACCCUGUGGGAACAGCGCGGAAACAUCCCUGCUUUGGUCCGUUUCCUGUCUGCUAUCAUCCCCAAAGCUGCCGAAGCAUUGGUCAGUGGCAACAAAAUCGAAAAUGUUCUGGGAAUAUUUCAGAAACUAGUGUCGACCAAGGUGUACGAAAGUUAUGGCUUCGAUCUGCUGGAAACGGUCAUUUCCACAUUCCCACCAGCGACGUUGGAACAGUACUGGAUCCACAUCCUAAACAUCACGCUUACCCGGUUGCAGAGCAAACAGUCGCAAGCUUUCCAGACCCGAUUUGUCAGAUUCUAUCACUUCGUCUCCUCUCGAGAUGACAAAGGCCUUGGAGCCGAUUUCUUCGUUGCUGCUACUGAUUGUGUUCAGCAUGAUGUUUUCCGUGGCCUCUACCUAACCAUCAUUCUACCAAAGACACAGGAAUUGGUUCGUCCACCCGACCGGAAAAUUGCGGUUAUUUCGUUGACCAAAACACUGGCUGACUCCCGGGCUUUUGUUGAGCGAUAUCCGAAAGGUUGGCCAUUGACGUGCAACACACUGCUGAAACUGCUUGAGGAUCCCCCUCUGCCGCCUAAGAAGGACGAUCUGAUAGCUGAACUUGACGUUGAAGAUAGUAGCUUCGGGGUUGGGUUCACGCAAUUGAAUACUGUUCGACAACCGAUUCAUGAUCCAUUUGCUGAUGUGACUGAUCUGAGGAAGUGGGUGGGCCAAUAUCUCAAGACAGCUGAUCAAAGACAUGGAGGCAGAAUAGGGAAAGUGGUCAAUGAGAGCUUGAGUCCGGAUGCAAAGAAGAUUUUGAGCGCGUACAUGACGUUGUGA